GCGGCAGUAGUCGCUGGCACAGGUUCGGUGUGAUGGCGCAAGUGUCGUGCGUCUGGAAAGGUCUCGACCAAGAUUCGUUGGGAGAACAAGGGACAAGAUGCCAGGGAGCCAGACCCCUGCCGCAGGCUAUGAGUAGGAGCCUGAGCUGGUCUGAGCAGCUCGACGCGCUUCUCAACGCUACUGACGGAAAUGUGGCCAGGAUUAAGACAGAACUCAUUGGCCUGUGCAUUUUCUUUUGUAGCAAAGGCUGUAUCCCCUUGGAGUCUCCACCGCGGAAUGACACUGCUGUCAUCCCUGCAGUCCGCAACCUGUGGGAGGAGUCAGAGAUUCUUCGGGAGGAACUGAAGUUGCUGCGGGACCAGCUGAGCCAGCACCAGGAGCUGCUGCUGAAACAGAUGACUGAGGGGCGGCAAGCUCAGGCCCACAGCUGGAAGAUCUCCAGAGGCAUACCCUUUCUAACCUGGAGCCCAGCAGCUUUCAGCUCCAGGCCCAGAGCCCUAUACUUUAAGGGCCCCAAGAUGCUCCUGAGUGACUUGACAAGCCAGAAGAGAAGUAAAACUCAACAGAAAUUUACUAUGUGUGGAAUUCAUUCCUAAAAGAAGAAAAAAAGUGAUUAUUGAGACUAUGGAUCGGAGCAAACGGA